CCCGGCGACAAGGUGGUACAAGCCAUGAGGUUGGAGCGCGCGCGGAAAGGCUCUCGUAAAGCGCUCGGAGGAAGCUUCGGAGUUGCCCCAGCUGAUCGGCCGCGGUUUCCAGUGCGAACGUGCUCCAUUUUAUGACUGUUGGCAGGGAGGAGAAAGAGGGGAGGAAAAGGAAGAAUACACAUAAAAUAGGCGAUGGCGCUUCCAAAGAGAGGUGACUUGAAUGAGGAGGAGAGAGCAUUGCUUGAAGUCAUCAGCAGCGGAAACAACGAAGAAGCUUCAAGACUCCUUGGCAGCAAGACUGUCCGUGUGAAUUGUUUAGAUGAGCAUGGAAUGACUCCUCUAAUGCACGCAGCAUAUAAAGGUAAAACUGAUAUAUGCAGACUAUUGAUGCAACAUGGAGCUGAUGUAAACUGCAACAAUCAUGAAUAUGGAUAUACUGCCUUAAUGUUUGCUGGGCUCUCAGGCAACAAAGAAAUAACCCGGAUGGUGUUAGAGGCUGGAGCAGAGAUUGAUGUCGUCAAUUCUGUGGGGAGAACUGCAGCUCAGAUGGCUGCUUUUGUGGGUCAGCAUGAUUGUGUAACAGUUAUCAACAAUUUCUUUCCACGUGAAAAGCUAAACUACUACACAAAACCACAAGGACUGGAUAAAGAACCCAAGCUUCCAAUUAAGCUAGCUGGACCUCUACAUAAGAUCAUUACAACUACUAAUUUGCAUCCUGUUAAGGUUGUGUUGCUGGUGAAAGAAAAUCCUCUUUUGACAGAAGUUGAAGCAAUGCAGAAAUGUUACAAAAUAUUGGAUCUGAUCUGUGAGAAGUGCAUGAAGCAGAGAGAAAUGAAUGAAGUCCUUGCAAUUAAAAUGCACUACAUUAGCUGCAUUUUCAAAAAAUGUAUUCUUUUCCUCGAGCGGGAAGACAAAUUGGAUGGAUUAAUCAAAAGCCUAUUAAAAGGCAGAGAGAGAGAUGGAUUUCCAGUUUAUCAAGAGAAGAUCAUCAGGGAAUCUAUUCGAAAAUUUCCUUACUGUGAAACUACCUUGCUGCAGCAGCUUGUGAGAAACAUUUCUCCUGUUGAAAUUGGUUCUGAUCCCACAGCAUUUUCUGUACUUACACAAGCUAUUACUGGCCAAAUAGGCUUUAUAGAUGCUGAAUUUUGUACAACGUGUGGGGAAAAAGGAGCAAACAAAAGAUGUUCCACGUGCAAAAUGGUUAUUUACUGUGAUCAGGCUUGCCAGAAAAUGCACUGGUUUACACACAAGAAAUCAUGCAGCAUGCUAAAGAAGAUUUAUGAGAAGCAGACGGUAGAAGCAGCUAAAGAAAAAAAUAAAGAGCAGAAAACUCUCUAGAGAGAUGAUACAAAAGUAAGGCAAUGCCUUCCAGCCAGGGAUCCCCUUCCUGUGCCAGCUGUCCAAGCUUCCUUGCAACCCAGUGCUCUGUUGUGGGAUUGUUGGCCGUUUCCCAUGUUCUGCCAAAUCAGGCAGAGAAGCAGCUCCAUGUCUGCUCACCAAGUCCUGACCUCUUCUUUUGAUCAAACUUUUCUUCACAACAAAGCAGCUGCCAUCACAAGGCACCAUUUUUUUUGCCACGACCAAUUAAUUUCCCCCCACAGAUCCUUCCCCAAUAAAACAGAAAAAGCCAGCUGAAGUCCCAAGUUGAUGUGAUCUAAGCCAGCAAGUCAAACUGCCUAUGGACACCUUUUCUUUGCAAGCACUCCAGGGCAGAGACUUCAUAGUGCACAGCUCAGAAUGUCAAAUGGAGCCAAGAAGGCUUUCCUUUGGGUUGCUUCAAGUCAAAGAACAAUGGGUGGUAGAUACACAAGAGAUAUCAUGGAUCUUUCCACGAUAGACACCCAGUCACAUAUAUGGUAAAACAAACAGGAACAGAGAACAAGGGAACUGUCUCAGCUCUCCACACAGGCAACUCAGGCAAAAGGAACCUUGUUGACACCCUAUCUCUUAGCACUUCCCCCUUUCGGUACCCAUAUUGGAUUAGUGAUGCUCACCCAGAUAGCAGGAAAACCUUUUUCUCUUGUGGAUCCUUUUCCAUCAAAAUGUUGAGAAAUUGAGUCAUGACAACAGGACUUUUUUGUUUGUUUGAAAUGUUUUGCUACUAAUCAGGUAGCUUCUUCAGUCUGACCAAGCUAGUUAGUCUAUUCACAUUAGAAAAAAAAAUGAAACAACCUUGGAGGGCAUAUAUGGGGUUCCCUUAAACAAGCUCCUUAGACUGAACAAGCUAGAUAUUUUGUGCAGAAAUGAUACUUUUACUAUUAAAAAUAUUUACACAUAUAGUGUCACAUUUUGGUUAAGUUUCUACUUUUAAUUUAUUUUCAAAUUAACAGAAAAAGUAGUUUCCUGUAUUAGUUGGAAUUCAAGCAAGAGGGUGUCAGUUUUCUAUAUUACUUACCAAAAUGUACAU